CUGCAUUACCUGCGUCUGCCCAAAGACAUCAGUGAAGAUCAUGUCAUCCUAAUGGACAGCACAGUCUCCACCGGCGCUGCUGCCAUGAUGGCAGUUCGAGUCCUAUUGGAUCAUGAGGUGCAGGAGGAUAAGAUCAUGUUGGUGUCGCUGCUGAUGGCAGAGCUCGGGGUGCACUCUGUGGCCUAUGCCUUCCCAAAGGUCAAAAUCAUCACCACUGCUGUGGACAAGGGCCUGGAUGAUUUUUUACAUGUAAUUCCUGGUAUCG